UCGGGUUGACCCGGCAAAGUCCUAGGUUAGGUGAAGUCUUGCAGUUGCAACUGAAUCACAGUCUUGCUGUUCUUGCGCUCAAAUCCUGUAAGAUUUCAAUUCAUUCAUUCUAUUCUGUCCUUUUAGUUUGUUUCAUAUGCACAAUGUUUGCUUUAUACAACAAACCUAGAAGCAUUAUUUCAUGUCUGAAUAUCAUCAACUCCAAAUUAAGGUUUCUUGAUAAUGUAUCAAGAACCAUUACAAAUGCAUCACCCCAACUUGAAAAACCUGAAAUUGGUUCCAAGAAUCACUCAUUUACUGUGUCUUACGUUAUGAAUAAUCUUGGGUUAUCCCCACAAGGUGCUAUCUCGAACUCGAAGAGGGUAAAGUUUGAAUCUUUAGAUAAACCUGAGUCUGUUGUAGCCCUGUUCAGAGACCAUGGUUUUAGUGAUAUUCAGAUAUCUAAUAUAAUUUCUAAACGCCCGAAAUUUCUAAAUUGGAAUCCUAAUGGGACCCUUUUGCCGAAACUUAAGUUCUUAUGCUCUAUCGGCGCGUCAAGUGAUGAUGUUGCCUCAAACCCUUAUAUUUUGGAACACAGCUUGGAUAAGCGAAUUGUCCCGUUUUAUAACUCUUGCAAGCGUAUGUUUCUUUCCGACAAACAGAUUCUUAAGAUUUUAAGGCAACACUGUUCUUAUAUUUUAGGCAACGCACGAGUGAGUGAUAAUUCUAAUAUUAAAUUACUAAAUGAAGUUGGAGUUGGAAUGAGAUAUAUUGGUCUUAUCAUAUAUAGAAGACCUAGGCUCAUGAACAUACACUAUGACAAAUUUAGGACGGUUGUUUACGAGCUUCUGGAAAUGAAAUUCGAUCCUUCCAAAGGUCAUUUUGUUCGGGCACUCUCUGUAAGAUUAGAUAUGAGUGACCUGACAUGGGCACACAAAAUCGAAGUUUAUAAGAGGUGGGGUUGGACUGAGCAUGAGAUAAUAUCAGCUUUUAGACAGAAUCCACCCUGUAUGGCUUUAUCCGAGGAAAAUAUCAUGAGUGGGAUGGAUUUCCUUGUAAAUGAGAUGGGCUGCCAGUCUAUGACUAUUGCUAAAAGACCAGCCGUUUUAACUUACUCGUUAAAAUCGAGAUUGAUUCCAAGGUGUUCAGUUAUCAAGGUUCUGCAGAUGAAAGGUUUAAUAAGCGAGGAGGAUUUAAGCUUACUUUCACUUCUGAUGAUUACUGAGCAAAGCUUUGUGGAUAGGUUUAUAAUCAAGUAUGAGGAACAGCUUCCUCAACUAUUAAAUGCAUAUCAAAGUAGGCUGGGCAUUCUGGAAUUAGGUGAAAGUUAAGAUUUUUACGUUCGGCAUUUCAGGUUCAUGUUCAUUUACAAAUAGUGUUUACUGGGUAGUUACUAAAACCUCUGCAUCUGUUAGCCAUCCCCGGAAUGGGUUAAGUAUUCCAAUGUGUUUUGCAAAAGCACUGAAAGCCAAAAAGCUCUGUAACUGCCUCCCACAUGAGGUUGGACAAUAAGAAAAUGCUAGGCUAUGAUAAGUUCACUACAAAAAAUUGGGGUUCCUUACAGACACAUUGUGUACCAGUUACUCCAACCUAGUAAAAUUUCGAAGAAGCCGAUGGAUGAAAUUGUUGAAAUCAAUUGCAGUCCACAUAGAAACAUAAAUUUGACAAAGGAUCGGAGUAUCCUGCGGGCUGUGUGUUUGUUGAGAGCAUAGUUUCACCCGAUCUUUAAACAGGAGCUUUGGGGCAGCAACAUUAAGUGACAAACAAGGUCCUGGUUUGAUUUUACUUAUUAUUUCUUAUAUUACUUGAGCUUUCAGUUCUUCUUUACUGUAUGUUAUUCUUACGUAAUAAAAUAAAUUUGGUUUUCCUGCAAGGUGCAAUCAUCUAUGUUCCUUCCUUAGAAGAAAGCCUGGAGUUUUGUACAUGGUUAAUGUUAUUGGUGGUUUGACAAUGUACUCGACAAUCUUAACCCUUCAAGAAAAGGAAAUUGUGUCCUUAUCAUGUGUUAACCAUUAAAACUUUUUACGUAGUUUAUCCUGUUCAAUUUCUUUUAGGUAACUUGCUUGUGCCGAUUUUUUAUUAGAACAUACCAUUGAAUCAAUUUUUGUCAUGCAUUCAAUUUAAUUAAAGAUAUAUAGUUUAUCAUUGGGGAAGCAGCUCAGUUGGUGGAGAAUAAUUGACUUUCACAAGUAAAUAUCUAUUUUUUAAGUCAUCUUUUCUCGCAGAAAAUAGGUUGAUUCCUCGCUUCCCCAGGAUUUUUUUGAACUUUUUCUUAAACUUUAAUGAAUGGCCAAAAAAUCGUCCUCCAAGGUAUAAGGUACUAUAUAUAAAACAAAGGGAAGGAUUUCAUGUUAAAUUUUAGGGCUGUUUUUCACUUUCUUGAAGCUGUCCUCAUUAAGUCCAUUUCGUUUAUUAAAUUUUGAUGCACAUUCUGGUUUGCUGUUUAAUUGUUGUUUUCAAUCUUUAGAAACCUAUCUAGUAUAUAGCUAAUCUACAUAACAUCACAGGGAAGCUUCUUCUUUUGGCUUGUGCUGGCAAAUUCUGUUGAUUCUCUCGUGAUCAGGUCCGUAAAGAAGGCAUUGUCAUUCUCAAGCUUAAUCAGUGCGUAAUUAAACUUGUACUUGAAUUUGUUUUCUUCAGUCACGAAUACUGCUAUACAAAUCUACGGAUAAUACAUUUAAGGUUCUGUUUGACAAAGGUUCAGAGUAUCACCGGGGUUUCGUGUA